GACAGAUUGGUGUUGCUGCGGUGUUUGAAAGCGAAACGAGGAUCUUCUUUAAGCUAAAACGUGAACCUGUGUAAUUUUUAAAGCUUCGCGUUGUAAAAAUGUCCUCUCUGCCUCAGAAGGCUCCAGGUCCGGGUCUGGGUGGUGUUCCGGGUGGAGUUCCGCUUCAGCCGCAGAGCCUCCACAUGGGCGCGGGGUCAGGACCCUCAGUCCCCGGACAGGCCUCCUCCUCCUCCUCCUCCUCCUCCAACAUGCCCCCGAACCCCGCCGCCCUCAGAGAAAUCUCCCCCGUGUUCCUGUGUCGCAUCGGACAGGACACCGUGCAGGACAUCGUCACCCGGACCAUGGAGAUCUUCCAGAUCACACGGGCCACUCAGUUGCCGAACGGUGUGACACAGAGUCAGGCAGCGUAUCAGGACCGCUUCGGGAAACUACAGGAGCACCUUCGCCAGCUCACUUUGCUCUUCCGCAAGCUCCGACUGCUUUACGAGCGCUGCGUAGAGAUGACCUCUGACCUUCAGGAGUCUCCUGCUGAGCUGGUACCGUAUGUCGGAGACGAGAUUGCUCCGGUGCGAGUGGAGCCCUGCAACCCUGCCGUGACUCAGGACAAACAAGAAGUUUUAGAGAAAGUGAGGCAGAAGAAUCAGGAGAUGAAGGUGCUGAUGGACCAGAUGAGGAACCUCCUGUGGGACAUCAACGCCAUGCUCACGAUGCGCAAAUGACCAGAAAAAAAACAAACAAACUGUCAAGUCUGCCUUUAUUUACUCGUAAUCCGAUCUCCAUCAAGUCUCUUCUAGUCAGGCAGCUAAAGACAGCAGAUCCACCGGUACCUGUUACUGCUGCAUUGUUUAGUCUUGAUUAAUGAGAGAAAGAUUCAGGUGGAGAACAGCAUUCAUCAGCUCUCAUCGGUGAUAUGUACUGUACUUCUUGCUAUAAAAAAAAAAAAGAAAAGAAAAAAUGUUCAUGGAUUGGCAGGGAUCUAGGGAUAUGAAUUCCAGGCCAAAUGUUAAGGCAUGAUCCCAGGUAAUGUCAAGAGGGACAGAUGGAAAACCAGCCUGAGACACAGGUCUCCUGUGUGUCAUGAACAUGGAAUUGCUGAGCCUUUGAGCAGGAGACUGUUUGAUGUCUCAUGUAUUUCUUACUCGUAUUUUUAGUAUUUUUUUUUUAUAAUCAUGUGGAUGCUGGAGUGUAAGUCUAUGUGUAAAUUUUCACAGUGAUAAUCUUUGUAGGGUAAAUAUUUUGUACAGUUAAAUAUCUUUACAGCAUAUUUUUUUUAUAUAUGAAAU